AUGCUUAUUUCUGCAGCGUUCAUAGCGUUAUUGUUACCGUCGAUUUCUGGUGUGGAGUUCACCAUAGGUGCACUUGUAAGUGAUGCUAAUAUCCUUGCCAACUUUGAACGACUCGUGAACUCUGUCAGCGAUGAGAUCAACGAUAACUUGGUUCGAUUCAACGCUAAGGGAGGGUUGCUGUCCCUCAAUGCUUUGAAAGCUACGGAACAGGUGUGUUCUUUGUUCAAUGUGACAAAGGGGAGGAUGUUAGCUCUGAUCGUAUCGCAUCCCUCCGGUGCUGUCGGAGCUCCUCCACUUUCGGUCUCCUUUACAACCUCGUUCUACUACCUGCCAACGAUCGGAAUCAGCGCACGUCAAGCGGCCUUCAGCGAUAAAUACAGUCACGUUAGCUUUUUACGGACGGUACCACCAUACAGCAGAGAAGCGGCUAUUUGGGCAGAUUUAAUUGUCGCUUUCGGAUGGCGGGAAGUGUGCGUUAUUCACUCCAAUGACCAAGACGCUAAGGCCCUACUUUCAGGAUUGGAGCGUCUUUCGAUCUUGGACCCUGCGGGUAACAAAUAUUUCAAAAUUAUGCGUCAGGUUGCUAUAAACACAGAUGAAGAGGACGCAGCUCGAGUCAGGGAUUUCGUGAGCCUACUCCGUCCGAUCCGCAAUGAGCAGACACGAGCAAUUCUUCUAUUCCUUCGGCGUUCGUUUGCUGAAUAUAUUUUUGCUGCGGCCCGCAAACUCGGUAUGCUCGAUGCGGAGUGGGCGUGGAUAGUGACGGAACAAGCACUGUACGCAUCCAACAUACCACAAGGGGUUAUUGGCGUCCGACUGCUUCAGAGCAGUGAACUGGAUCACCUAGCCGAUGCUGUUCGUGUGGCUACCCAAGGCAUUCUCUCUUUGGCACGAGCCAAUCCACAUGUGAUGCCUGUACUCCAGGCAGUGAGCGCAUGUCGGGAGGACCCGCUUGAAAUACAGUCGCAUCCUACCCAAUCUGGACAAACAUAUGGUUGGAACGAAUAUGCCAGAAAGCUAUAUAACCACAUGCUUCAAGUUAAUUUUUCUGAUGGACGCACCGGCCGAAUCGAGUUCGAUCAACACGGUGAUCGUGUCAGACCGGUUUAUGAAAUUGUGAACGCUCAGUUCCCAAGAGGACAAAUUUCAGACACGGGGACAGUAACGCAAACGUCAGGCUUGAGUGGUUCAGCAUUUGGAUUCCAACGGCCUGAGCUGGUACCGAUCGGACACUAUGGGAAUCCACAGCCCAUUCCACUAUUGUGGUACUCAUCAAUACCCUAUCCGAAACUGCUCUCCAUCAAUAUGUCUGCUAUUGUGUGGCCUGGCAACCUCAUAGAUCAGCGAGCACAGUUGGUUUGCGUUCAGCGAAAUGAAGAUGGUACCUGCCGCCAGACGGACAAGCAAGUUAUUGCCUCCGCCCCACUCAGUUUCAAAAAGAAAACACAUUUGCGGGUCGUUACCGCGCUAAGCAAGCCGUUUGUGAAUCGACGUCCUAAGUUAUCGGGCGAGAGGUGCAAUGAAUCGGAUGACCCUACCCAACCGAGAAUGGAAGUUGAAUGUACUCAUACGGAUCCUGACACAGGCGUGACCAGUCAUUAUUGCUGCUCGGGAUUCUGCAUCGAUCUUUUGCGUCAUUUGGCCAACCGGACAGGAUUCGAAGUCAACCCCACCCUAUUCACCUACGACCUGCACUUGGUCGGAGAUGGCCAGAUUGGAGAGGAGGUAGUAGAGAACGACACGCGUCGAUGGACGGGAAUCGUAGGUGAGAUCCUUUCGGGGAUGGCCGAUUUGGCUGUCGCUCCCAUUUCCAUCACUCCGGAACGAGCGACUCGUGUGGAAUUUUCAAAACCAUUCAAGUACUUGGGAAUCACUAUUCUAAUCAAAAGGGAACGAGCAAAGUCCAACUUGGGUUCCUUCCUUCAACCCUUCGAAAACACACUGUGGGUCCUGGUGGCUCUCUCCGUUCAUGCCGUGGCUUGGGUCCUCUAUCUGUUGGAUCGGUUCUCGCCUUUUGGCUUGGGUAAGAUGGCGUUUUCCGACGCACAGAAGCCACCUUCCUUUCCCGAAAAACCGCCACCAUACUUGAAUAAGCCUUCAGAAGAAGCCGUGGAUGCAGGUGAACAUCAAGGUCCGCCUGACAACUCUUCGGCUACGCCGAAGGAAGGUCUUACGCUGAGUUCGGCGGUCUAUUUCGCUUGGGGUGUCCUACUGAAUUCCGGCAUCGGAGAGGGAACACCUCGUUCAUUUUGUGCUCGCGUUCUUGGCAUGGUGUGGGCUGGUUUUGCUAUGAUCAUUGUGGCCAGUUACACUGCCAACUUGGCCGCAUUUCUCGUCUUGGAUAGACCGGAAUCCUCCAUAUCGGGGAUUGACGAUAUGAGGCUCCGAAAUCCGCAGAAGGAUUUUACCUUUGGCACGGUUCGAGGAAGUGCGGUGGACAUGUACUUCAAGCGACAAAUGGAAUAUUCCACAAUGUACCGGGUGAUGCAGUCCUACAAUCGUGCAAGCGUGGAAGAAGCAGUAGAGGCUGUGAAGAGUGGUGCUCUGAAAGCAUUCAUUUGGGAUUCGCCACGACUGAAUUUUGAGGCUGCGUCAAAUUGUGACUUGAUCACGGCGGGUGAAGUGUUUGGUCGCAGCGGAUACGGUCUGGCAAUGAAGAAGGGUAACCCUUGGUUGGAGGAACUUUCUCAGGCUGUUUUGAAUUUCCACGAGAGAGGUUUUAUGGAGAAACUUGAUUCUGUCUGGAUCCACGUGAACGCUGACGACUGUGAACGUACCGAGUCUAGUCCGGCCACUCUGGGUUUGACCAACAUGGCCGGUGUGUUUAUCAUGGUUGCUGCGGGAAUCAUUAGUGGAGUCUUUAUCACAUUCGCUGAAAUCGCGUGUGCGAAGAAACGGCGAACGGAUGAACAUCACUCUCAUUUGGCAUUGAAUGCCGUUCAUAUGUGGCGGGAAAAUGUUCGAGUGGGUCCUGUCCGUAUGAAUUUCUAUUAG